GUAACAUCGCCUUCCAAAACCAACUUUCCUAGAGUUCCUUUUCUAUUAGGGAAAGGGAGACCGAAAAUUCUUUUAAUGCAGAAAGAUCCGUUCGCUUGAUGGCUUUCUCCUUGGACUGAGAUUUCAGAGUUCUCUUUGCCUUCGUUUCUUAUUUUAAACCCAUCUCUGUCUCCCUGCCUUAUAUAAAUCUACCAUAGAUAGCUCCGUAACGUAGUGAUCAUAUUGUUUUUUAGCUCUCUGAUUGUGACUUGCUUUCUUUGUUUAAAUCCAACGAGAUCUUGUUUAUUUCACCUUUUCACAUCGACAAGAGUCGUAAAAAGACUAUCUUUUUAUAUAUUUCUUGUGAAACUCUCUUCUUUUCUAUCGUGAUCUUCACGGAUUGCUUGUUUUCAGAUAGUUUUCUGCGAUUUUGUGACAUACUCUUUAGACCCUUUUGAAUUUUAUCUGGCAUCAUGAUUUGCACAGUUAAGCAAUCUGCUAUAGCACCCACCAUCAAUGGAUCUGACACAAUUUUUCGCAGAAAAAAUCCAUUAACGAUGCAGAGAUCUUUGUUUCUGCCGUCACUUCCAACCCGGGAGAACCCAAAAGCUGUUCUAUGUCUGUCAAAACCUCUACAUGUCUCCUCAAUUGAGGCUUUUGCAGUUUCAAAACCUCAAAAGGAAUCCUUGAUCGCAUGCAAGGCCUACGAGGCCGACCGAUCGCAGCCAAUAGAGGCUGAAGGGGCGAAAUCAGAGGCUGCGAGGAGGGUCAAGAUUGGGAUUUACUUUGCGACAUGGUGGGCUUUGAAUGUGGUGUUCAAUAUAUACAACAAGAAGGUGUUGAAUGCGUUUCCAUAUCCGUGGCUGACCUCUACACUUUCUCUAGCUUGUGGAUCUCUCAUCAUGCUAGUUUCCUGGGCUACAAGGAUUGCGGAGGCACCUAAAACUGAUUUUGAGUUCUGGAAGACUUUGUUCCCUGUUGCUGUGGCACACACAAUUGGACAUGUAGCCGCAACAGUAAGCAUGUCAAAGGUUGCUGUUUCAUUUACCCACAUCAUUAAGAGUGGUGAGCCAGCUUUCAGUGUCUUGGUGUCGAGGUUCCUCUUGGGUGAGAGCUUCCCUGCUGGGGUUUACAUGUCCUUGAUUCCAAUUAUUGGUGGUUGUGCACUUGCUGCUGUUACUGAGCUCAACUUCAACAUGAUUGGUUUUAUGGGAGCCAUGAUCUCCAACUUGGCAUUUGUUUUCCGGAACAUAUUUUCAAAGAAGGGCAUGAGUGGGAAAUCUGUUAGCGGAAUGAACUACUACGCAUGUCUCUCUAUGUUGUCUUUGUUGAUUCUUACACCUUUUGCUAUUGCUGUGGAGGGACCGCAGAUGUGGGCAGCAGGAUGGAAAACAGCCGUCUCUCAGAUUGGACCGCAUUUUGUUUGGUGGGUGGCGGCACAAAGCGUGUUCUAUCAUCUGUACAACCAGGUUUCGUACAUGUCAUUGGAUGAGAUCUCUCCCCUGACCUUUAGCAUUGGUAACACCAUGAAACGCAUCUCUGUUAUAGUCUCCUCCAUUAUCAUUUUCCACACUCCUGUCCAGCCAGUCAAUGCUCUUGGAGCUGCCAUCGCAAUCCUCGGAACCUUCUUGUAUUCCCAGGCAAAGCAGUGAUGGGUGCUUUGGAGCGUUGAUCUGAAAAAAGAAUGAUCAUCAAAGUGAUGAUGAGAGACAAUGAAAGAAGGUUCGGCUCUUUAGGUUUAUAGUUGCUGUUUUCCAAGAUGAACAGCGGCUGGCUUUUGCUUGGACUGGACGAGCCAGCAGCAGGCUGCAUCAUCUUCCUGUAGAUAACAAUAAAAAUAGUGCCAAUAAAUGUAGUGAUUGAGUGCGACAUUUGCUUGUUUAAAUGUUUAUUACCGAGGUUUUUGUCGUUUUAGUGAAUCUCAGUAGAAAAUUUUAGAAUAAAACUUGGAAAAGUAUGUCCAAAACUUGUCUGUUUCGAAGACAAACAUCAAUAACAUUUGAUUGUUUUUUUU